AUGAGGAGAUUCUCUUCCGUUUUCCACCUCACUUUCCUCCUCUUCGCCGUCAUCUGCGUCGGCUCCGCUUUAGCCGACAGCGACGAGUACGACGACGAAGCAGCACCAGCUCUACACAUCUCCUCAUUGCUCGACAGCGACGACGACGAUUAUCUCUCAUUCGCACACUACCAAAAGACCUGCCCUGACGCCGAAGCCAUCAUCAACCGCAAGGUCAAGGAAUGGGUCAAGAAGGACUACACCCUCGCCCCCAGCCUCAUGCGCCUCCACUUCCACGACUGCUCCGUCAGGGGCUGUGACGGUUCGAUCCUACUGAGCCACGUAGGAAGCGAGAGGACAUCGAAAGCCAGCAAGACCCUCCGAGGGUUCGAAGUGGUCGACGACAUCAAGAAGGAGGUGGAGAAAAAGUGCCCCAAGACAGUGUCCUGCGCCGACAUUCUCACCGCGGCGUCUCGAGACGCCACGGUGAUCCAGGGCGGCCCGUACUGGUCGAUCCCCUACGGGAGGAAAGAUGGGAAGGUUUCCAUAGACAAAGAGGCAGAGUCUGUCCCCACGGCCCACGAGAACGUCACAUCCCUCAUCGAAUUCUACCAGUCCAAGGGUCUCAACGCGCUGGACCUCGUCGCGCUCUCUGGGGCACAUACCAUCGGCAGGACGAGCUGCGAGACAAUCCAACACAGGCUGUACGAUUACGAGGGAACGGGGAAGCCCGAUUCGUUGCUGGACGAGAGGUAUGCAAACUACCUGACGAGGAAGUGCAGGUGGGGCUCAGAUUACGUCGAAUUGGAAGGGAUGAGCCCGGGGAAGUUCAACAAUCAGUACUACAAGAAUUUGCAGAAGAAGAUGGGGUUGUUGCGGACGGAUCAGAUGUUGUAUGCCGAUUCCAGGACUUCCCCUUUCGUCAAUGCCAUGGCUUAUGCGCCCGAUUCGGUGUUCCACAAUCAGUUUGCUGCUUCCAUGACCAAGUUUGGGAAUAUCUUGGAUCCUGAGGUUCAGGAAGGUGGAGAGGUUCGGGCCGAUUGUGGUUAUGUCAAUUCCUACGACUACUGA